UAAUCAUAGCCAGGUAUCUGAGCAUCUGCGAGUCGAGAUUCGACAAGACCGUGAAACCCUAACCAAGACAGUUCGAAGAUACAAAUCGAAGGAAGCUCGGCGGGGAUCAGCUCAAGACGAUAAGGAUGUUGAGAAUAGCGAGCCGGAGGUUGUCGGGUCUGUCAUCAUGGUCUUGGAUGUCAGCUGCUCAGACCUCCCCGUCCGUCGUGUCCAGAAACCCUCUCGCCGUUUCCGGUGAUUCGUCCGAUGGAACUUUCACCCGAUCGGUUUCUCCUUCGCUCGGUUUCAUGUAUCUGGAUCAAAUGAGAGGGUUUUCAUCUGGUCCUUUGGCCCCUGCAAAAGAGAGUUCUUCAGAUCUUCCACCAACAGUGGCUGCAAUCAAGAAUCCGAGCUCAAAAAUUGUCUAUGAUGAGCACAACCAUGAGCGCUAUCCACCUGGUGACCCCAGCAAGCGUGCAUUUGCUUACUUUGUUCUGACUGGAGGCAGGUUCGUGUACGCCUCAUUGGUCCGCCUCUUGAUACUCAAAUUUGUUUUGAGCAUGUCUGCCAGUAAGGAUGUCCUUGCCCUGGCCUCCAUUGAGGUUGAUUUGUCAAGUAUUGAACCUGGGACGACUGUUACAGUCAAGUGGCGUGGGAAGCCCGUGUUCAUUAGGCGUCGAACUGACGAGGACAUCAAAACUGCUAACAGUGUUGAUGUUGGCUCGCUUCGUGACCCACAGCAAGAUGAAGAGAGAGUUAAGAACCCUGAAUGGCUUAUUGUUAUCGGAGUCUGCACACAUCUAGGAUGCAUUCCCCUACCAAAUGCCGGAGACUUUGGUGGCUGGUUUUGCCCAUGCCACGGCUCUCACUACGACAUCUCUGGUAGGAUUCGCAAGGGACCUGCACCAUACAAUCUGGAGGUGCCUACUUACACUUUCUUGGAGGAGAACAAGCUUCUUAUUGGUUGAAAAGUUAGGGCAAACUUUGUACCCCCACACAGCAGUGAAAGCUGCUGGACCUUAGAUUUGAUUUUGACGAAGACUUCCUUUGAAUUUCUUGUUUCUUGGCCUACAGAGUUCAGUACCCGUGGAUUUGUAUUUAUACAUCAGUCAUGAACAGUGCAUGCUGUUUUGAAUAAUGCAGCUGGCCAAUUUUUAAAUUCUUUCUCAGAUUUUGGAACCAUGUUUGUAAUAAUUUUUAAACUUUCUAUAACAAUGAAUUAUAUAACUUUCCUGUACUGCAA